UAAAUUGUCUCAUUUCAGAAAAUGAAAAUUUUGAUUUUUUCAACAUUAUUAUUAUCUUUGACAAUUAUCAAGGGUCAAGAUAUUUGUCCAGAUCUUAUUCAAUAUUGCGAUGUAGGUACUUGUUGCCCGUCGCUAGAGGGUUUCGGAUGCUGUCCCCUGGAUGAUGCGGAAUGUUGUGCAGAUCUUGAACAUUGCUGUCCAGGCGGAUAUGUUUGUGUGGUUGAAUUCGAAAUUUGUGUGCAAUGUCCAGGUCUGCAAGGAAGACGUAAUUUUACAAUGAAAUUAGAGCCUCUCCUAGAACCUUUCUCUUUAGUUAGCUAUUCGAAUUCAUGUCCACAAUGUCCUAAUUGGGCGACUUGUUGUCCGAUGACUACAGGCCAAAUAGGUUGUUGCCCUCUUGAAAACGCUGUCUGUUGUAGCGAUAAGGAACAUUGUUGUCCACACGGAUAUACUUGUGAUGCCUCAGGGUUUUGCACAUCAAAUACAAAGCCAAUGAAGAUUCCAAAAAUCCAGAAACAUAUUGAAAACAGUGAAAGCUCAAUUCUUUUCUCAGAACACAAAUCGUUGAAGCAAAACUCGGUAGAUCUUGUACAGUGCCCCGAUGGCAAUUAUUGCAAUUCUGGAAAUACUUGCUGUUUGAUAGGUUCUAACACUUAUGGAUGCUGUCCCUUUCGUCACGCUGUAUGCUGCUCUGAUAAAGUUCAUUGUUGUCCUAAUGGUAUGACAUGCGAUAGUUCAGGUUACUGUACCAAUGGACCCGACAUUAUUUCUUGGUUUGAGAAAAAACCAGCAAUUAAACGACCUAAGAUCAAAAACUGAAGUUUUCAAGUUAUAUGCAAUUGUUUUGAAUAUAUUUUUUGAAAGUAUAAGCCUUUGUAAUUAAUUUUCGAUUAAAAUGAUUUAAACUUGUUCGUAAUCAACAUUACGAGAAUGUAUAAUUAUUCUAAUUUUGGAGAAUUGUAUACAAUAAAUAUUGAAAUACAACUGUAAA